AUGUCGGAAGAAGCACCAGAUCUUGCCUUAUCUGAAGAUAUAAGGCGAUUGCUUCUACAAGUUAUACUUCGAUGCCAAGGUAUAGUUCAUGAGAAUGUGCUAUUGACGUGUCUACUGAAAUUAAACGAAGUUGAGGUAGAGCCGGAAGAGGAGUUCAGGGAGGAAGUUUGGCUUGAUAAAUUGGGAGUUUACAUUGCGGAUAUGAAUGUGAAAUUGAGUGGUUUAAACUACCGGAUUGUAAAGGUCGGGCAUGGCAUGGGAAAGAAUUAUGUAACGAGUCAACUGCCGACUCAGAUGCUAGGUUUCCGCCAGCUGUCACCUAGCAAUCGUUUCUAUGUGUAUGUAAAUGUGGUCUCUACAAAGGAAACUGAAUUGUCAACUACUUUUAAAGCGUCUGAGAUAGAGUUUGUAAAAUGGGCGAUUGAGCAGCUAGCGACACUGCGACAAAUCGAUGACAACCCAGAGGGCAUUGAAUUUGGUAUAGAACGAGAGAUAGAUAGGAUUCUGAAUGAUUGCAUUAGAGAGGAUGAGCAGCUGCCUUUUAAAUUACGAUAUUGGACUACCUAUACGGUAAACUCGAUGAAACUAAUGAGUUACUCCGAACUGGCUACUUCUGAGGUAGAGCGGCUGCUUUCCAAAUUGUGCGAGUUGAAAUGGUUUUAUAAAACUCAGCACGGUUCUUAUGGACUAGAUUUAAAGGCUCUUUUAGAACUUGAAGACUACUUGAUAGAAACAUUUGCGAUGCUCAGCUGUCCUUCGUGUCAGAGAAUAGUAACGCAGGGUGUCCUAUGCACGGGAUGCGUUUCACGUGAGCGAACUGAGGAAAAUGGAACAGAGCAGUCAAUGUGGCACGUUGACUGCUUUGAGUAUUACCUGAACCAUGUUUCAAAAAACUGCAACGUAUGCGAGUCAAACUUGCUAGAAGCAGGUGCGUAUUUGGUCUAA